GAUUUUGAUGCACAACAUCUAAUCAAGACGGUAUCGCAUCAAACACUCAGUUCGGAGGGACGGAAUAUAGCUGUUGUUUAGUUUCAAAAGCGAUUUGCAUGGUUUUGCCAAAUGUAGAGGAGGCAACGAAACGCACUAGAUCGUGCCAGGAAAGGCAACAAGCAUGAACAGCGUGCCAGGCCAGGGCGGAGCGGCAAAUAUUCUUGGUAGCCUGUCCGCUCAGCAGUUGGCCGCUUUAUCUGGAGUACUGGGACAAAAUGCGUUCAGUCAGGCACAGCUAGCCGCCCUCACUAAUACGAGUUUAUCAUCACAACUGAAUAAUGCGUUAGCUUCCGUAUCCCAACAACAACCGACUCUUCCCGUACAAAAUGCAUCUGCAGUGGUGGUCGAAAGCAAAGCUGCGACAAGUAACGGUGUCAGCGGAGCUGUGCCUGAUCUUACGUUGGCUUCACUCCCGUGGCCAGUAGUUUCGCCAGUCAUGAAUGUACCACAUUUUGAUCUGGCAACGUAUCGCCUUGUCAAUCUUGAUGUUGCUCCUAGCAGGGAUGUGAAUGGAUUCGAUUUACCUCUUGCUGAUGUCACCACUCUUCGGUUUUUCUUCAACCUGGGAGUGCAACAUUCUCGUUCUUUAGCAGCUACACAGCUGUACCAAGAGAAACUAGCACAUGUGGUGGUGUCUUCAGCAUCCCCAUCUGUAGCACAAUCUGCACAAGUCAGUCUGCCGCAAGUUCCUCAGGUGCCUGGUGUUGGCAUUCUUCCUGCCGAGACGCAAGUUGGACCGAGAACUAUGGAGCAAUAUAUCAAUCAGCUUGGAAUUGCUGGACCGCAAGCUCAAGCACUGCUUCGGCAAGCGCAAUCGCAUCACCUCGCGCAGCAGGCGCAGCUACUAGCAGCUGCAGCGUCCGUUCGCUUGCCAGAUCGGCCGCAUCCUACUUAUGGCAGUUCGAUUUUACCUUUGCAUACUGAUCUUCUGCAAUUGGCCAGUCAAGUUCCCAUCUCUGUUUCACCUGCAGUCCCUGUUGGACAGCUCAUUCGCCCACCAUUGUUCUCAAGUGGGAAUACACCGUCGCAUGCUGCAGCCCCUUCGAGUUCUACAGCUUCGUCCAUGAAUGCGCACAAACAGAUUCCACCUCACUCAUCUGCUGCUGAACAACAAGCUUACUACCUUCAACAAGCUCUCUCGGCUGUCGCUAGCUCGCAAAACGAGAAAUCUGAAAUGGAUGCUCAGGUCUUGCAUCAAGGGAAUACCGGACUCCAUCCCUAUAUUCGGCCCACGUCUCAAGAGGUUCUAAAACCUGUUGCUGUUGGUGGGGGAAGCCAAGAUGCCGCAUUUUCUCCACGACCUCCUCCAGUUGACCCGAGUCCUCCGAGAACAUUGGCUGACGCUUCUACUAGUAUCAUCGAUUCCAAUCCCUCUACGCUGGUACAUCAGCAGGCUCAAACAUCUCCGCCUGGAUCGAGUGAUCAGUGCUCACUUGAUAAGCGAGAUAGUUCACACAGUACAUUAGAAACUCGUCCUCAGAGUGCGCGUGAGCAGUCGUCAUCAGCCAGUGUUGGAGCGCGGGUAACACCGCAGAACAGUGCGCCAGCAACGCCCGCUUUGACAGCGGAUGAUGUUGUUCCCGUUUCCCAAACACUGUUUCAAGUUUCCGAGCAACAUUUCACGGAGGCAUUCAAUGCAAGCCGUAAGAGAAGUGCUCCCAAUCCCAUCGGUAUUGCGAAAUGUGACUUCCCCAGCACUACAAUAUCAUCAGACGAGGGAGCAAGGCUGCCUCCCGAAAAGAGCGUUUCCACUGCUCCUGUGCAAGGGGUUGACCGAAAAGAGAUGGAUGACAAGCCAGCACUGGCUCCUAUUUUGAUGAUGACGUAUCUGAGUAACUGCAUGAGUAACAUCAAAUCUACGCUCAAUACUAAUGGGCUGCCUGUGGGAUUGGAUGCAAAUGGUCGGGCUGUGGACUAUUCCUCUCGGCCGAUCGAUCCUAUUUUCCAGCAAGCGCGUGCUAGAAUGGAGAACGCUCGCGAGUUCAGGGAGCUUUCGCCUCCAACCACGCUGUCCCAGGUGUCACGUAAUUCUUUUGAAGAAGGUUUCUCUCCAAUCGGAGUGGCUCUACCUACAGUAUCCUCAUCUCAGCCACGGCCGCAGUUGCCUGGCUCUAUCGGAGUGAAUAAGGUUGUUGCGGAUGCAGUAUCUCUGGAAAAAAACGAGGAGAAGGAAGACGCCGAUCCUCCUGCUGAAAAGCGUAGUAAGCUUGGUGAAGGAGACUGACUUUCUGUACCAAUCUAUUGAGAACUUAUCACAUGUAUUGCAAAUUUAUAUCCCUCUGACCGGUUGCUUUUGAUUCUCUCGUGCACAUCUUUUCAUUCAUGCGAUCCAUUCGCCUCUUGCCACGCAAGCAAUCGUGGUUGAUCUUAAUAUUGCUCUUUUAUUUCCAGGUUCUACACCUUCUGAAAUCUGCAUUAAAAAUGAGCUAAACUGUACAUUACUUUGCCUCUACCAUUGCACAAUCAAUUUGUUGUGAGAUUUUUCAUUUGCAAAUUUAUACUUUGAUGUUUUGGAGGUUCCUCAUUUAACUAAAGUAGUAGUUCUACUCUAAAUCAAGGGCAAUCGUUUGUUAUCAAGGCUUCCUCAUUCCGCGGCUGCUCAUCCUGAAUGCUAUCUCUAGGACUGCCGUGGUAGUUUAAUUGAGAGAUUUACAUAAUUCAAGUAUGCGCUUUUCCCUUAAGGUUCAUUUUUCCCGGUACUGAAAUUUUCUGCUGGUAUCAACUAUGAGAUUUCCUCAAUAUUUUCCCUGAUUUUGUGGUACCCUACUUUGUUGUAGUCGUGUUCUAUUUUUAGUCUCACGGCUUGAUUCCAUAUUAUGACCGUGGUAACCGAUCGUCUUUCCAUAUCCAUCUCAUUGACAGUCUCUGUUAUAUAUAGAUCUGC